GUGUGCGGCUGUCAAAAAAAGUUAAUGGUGAAAAAUUAGGACUAAUCGACAUCGACACCCCUACAACCAAACGAGAUGGUAUUCGCUAGAUGUUUGGCCAGUAGUUUGAGAGGCGGUAUUAUCGCCAACGCUCCAAGGGCCUCCACCAUAAAUGGGCUCUCCCGUGUCAUACUCACAAGAUCAUCAUACAGCACUGAAGCUGCUCCCAAGGCACCAAUAUUCAGUUUGAAUGAUAGAGCCACCGCUAAGCCAGUGUUGUCAAGAAAGACUUUCUUGAUGGACUACUACAAGUACCUCAAUGACAACAACGAGAUUGUUUUAUACGUCCAUCACAACAACAUACCCAAGGCAGACAACAAGAAACUCAGAUCUGAGUUAAAGAAAGCUGGUGCCCAAUUUAAUGUCAUUGCCAACAACAUAUAUACAGUCUACUUGAGAUCAGCACACGAAGAAGACCCAGCUUUGGCAGAAAGCACCAAAAAGAACAAGGACGUGAAACAUCCAUUGCAUCCAUUAUUGAGUGGACCUACCGCAUUAAUCACUAUUCCAAAGAGUGAUCCAAGUAUUGUCGCCCAAGUAUUGAAGACUGUCAGGGGCUUUCAAGACAAGUUAUUCGUGGUCGGAGCUCGUGUUGAGACCACUGUCAAUGAUUUGGAUGAAAUCAACAAGUUCAAGGACUUACCAACCAAGGACCAGUUAAACAGUCAAUUGGCUGGUUUGCUUACUAUCUUGGGAGGUGCUGGCUUAGUCAGAACUUUGGAGUCGGCCUCCAACAUGUUGUACCUUACCUUGGAAGAACGUCGUAAGGACAUGGACCCAAAUGAAGAAUAGAUACCUGUACAUAGUAAUGAACAUUUGGAAAGCAUUAAG